CACACACACAAACGAAGAGAGUGAAGUCUCAGUCCCUCACAUGACAGCACUGUUAUAUCUGAGGCAGUAGCAGCAUCAGAGCUGGACCUGCGCACUGUUUCUCAGCUCAGCUUCAGAGCUCAGAAGCGCAUCUCAGAGGACAGAUGGAGGCAAAGCCAGCAAUGCGUUCAGGGACUGCUUUCUGAGGACCCAGUGCAAUAACUGUACCUGCUGAUUGUUAUUCCUGCCAUCGCUUUCAAUGCUGAUCAGUAAAGGAAUAGCUCGUUUUUGUCUCGCCUUUAGCCUUUUUAUUUUUGUUAUUUUUUAGAGGAGACAACGGAGGAACGGACAGAGGAUGGCUCAGAAAGAGCCGCUGUAAGAACUGCGUAAGUUUGAACAUUGGUGGACUGUGAGAGCAUAAAAAAGUCAGUCCAGUCUAUGGUUUAAAGAUGUAUUUAAAUAGAUAGUGAGCGAGUAGAUUAUGUUAGAUGGAUAUAGCUUUAAGUUCUUGUUAACUCCGCAUCCUUGAGGAUACUCGUGUUAAAGCAGUCUAUCCCGCCUGACUGAGAUGGAUUGGUGAUCCCGCAUCUCCGGCAGCGUCCUAACUUUGCCAUGAUGAAGUCCAUCUUUUACAGCCGCUUUUUCAUCCUGCUUCCAUGGGUGCUGAUCGUCAUCAUCGUGAUAGACAUCGACACGAAGAGGUCCACCGUGCGCAACACGGCGCACUCGUACCUGUCCCGGCUGAGCAGCGCGCCGCGGCGGGACGCAGCUGUCCAUGCGCCCAACCGCACCGCGCCGCCGCCGCCGCUCAUCUACGCCAUCACACCCACGUACAGCCGCGCCGUGCAGAAAGCCGAGCUCACGCGCUUGGCCAACACUUUCCGCCAGGUCCCGCACUUCCACUGGAUCGUGGUGGAGGACUCCGCAAGUCGCACCGAGCUUGUGUCGCGCUUCUUGGCGCGCGGCCGCGUCCCGUACACGCACCUGCACGUGCUCACUCCGCGCCGCUUUAAACGGGCAGGCAUGCCGCGCGCCACCGAGCAGAGGAAUGCAGCGCUCUCGUGGCUCCGCGCGCACCGCACAGCCACCGACUCCGGAGUUGUGUUCUUCGCCGACGAUGAUAACACGUACAGCCUGGAGCUUUUUGAAGAGAUGCGGUCGACUAAAGGAGUAUCAGUAUGGCCGGUAGGACUCGUAGGGGGCCGCAGGUAUGAGCGCCCCAUCGUAGAAAAGGGCAAAGUGGUGGGCUGGUACACAGGCUGGAAGGCUGACCGACCUUUUGCCAUCGACAUGGCAGGCUUUGCCGUGAACCUCCAGGUGAUCCUAGAUAACCCACGAGCUCUCUUCAAGAGGAGAGGAGCCAAGCCAGGUAUGCAGGAGUCUGACUUCCUCAAACAAAUAACCAAGCUGGAGGAUCUGGAGCCAAAGGCUCGCAACUGCACCCAGGUCCUGGUUUGGCACACCCGCACAGAGAAGGUCAACCUUGGCAACGAACCCAAACGGCACCAGGACUCUGUUCUGAUUGAGGUCUAGAGCACAGGACUGGCGUGGGAGGCCUCAUAGCAUAUUGCACCAAGUUGCCACAAUCCCUGGUAUUUUCCCAAUUAGCGUCAACCUCUGCACUGAUAGCCUGCUGAUUCAUGCUGGAAGCUCUGUGUGAACUCUGACGUCUGUGUCACCCAACUCAAC